ACGGGAUGACAGCGCAUCUGCGGGGUGAGACGCGUUUUGGACGGGUAACACAAGGAUCAGCAACCGCGGGUAAUUUGCGACUGAAGGGUUUGCACUUUGACAGUUCAUCCACUUUCUUUCCCUGCCGCAACUUCAACAUUGCCUUUCAUCACGAUGCCUUCGGCCGGUGACGUGACGAAGCACGUCGAUUUCGACCCAGGCGACGUCCAAAUGAUUUCGACAAGACCAAGACGCCCCAUUGAGCUGGUUGAGCCAAAUCUCGGUUGGGCUUCGUCAUUCGUGUUAAUCGUCCAACAGAUACGCGCAGCGUUAGAGGGUCGCGUCGUUGCAAUUGAGCACGUCGGCUCGACAAGCAUUCCAGGCCUCGCAGCCAAGGACAUUAUCGACAUCGACUUGAUCGUGGCAGACCCGACUGCAGAGGAUGAAUAUGUCCCCGACCUCGAGGAGGCAGGCUUUCAGUUUCUGUUGCGCGAGCCUGGAUGGCACCAGCACCGGCUUUUCUGCCUCGACGAGCCGUGCGCAAAUAUCCACGUCUUUGGACCCGACAGCCCCGAAGUGGUGCGUCAUCGCAUCUUCAGAAAUUGGCUGCAUCAACAUGAGGAUGAUAGACGCGCGUAUGAGAACGUCAAGCGCAAGGCGGCUGAUGCGAGUCGUAAAGCGGCUGAGAAUAUGAACCAGUACACUGCGAGGAAAAAUGGGAUUAUCAGGGAAAUUCUGGAUCGCGCUUUUGCUGAUCAGGGUCUUCUCAAUACAUGAUUCGUUAUGUACAUGCCGGGUUUAGUAUGGGGCAGGCCGAGGAAGUGAGGUUCACCAAUCUUCAGCUCCAGCUUGUAAGAGUUCGAAGCAUGUGGAUUAGUUCAGGGGGGGCAGCCACGAACUGAUGGGGUACGACGUCAGGGAUUCAUUGACCAACACGGCGAGCCACACUGCAAGUGCCUGUCAUAUAUUCGCAGAAAGCCUGAU